AUGUUUCCAGGAAGCGGAGGAAGAACUUACGGCGGACAAUCAUCCAAUCAAGGCUAUGGUCAAGGUUAUGGUCAAGGAUACAACCCAAACCAGGGCUACAACCAGAACCAAGGCUAUAAUCAAGGCUACCCAAACCAAGGUUACAACCAAGGUCCUAACCAGGGUUACCAGAAUCAAGGCCCUAACCAGGGUUACCAAAACCAAUGGGGACCUCCACCGGGACCCCCACCCUCCGGAAAUUGGGGACCUCCAGGUGGAGAUUUGAACUCUCCGCAGUUCCAGCAACAGCAACAACGUUUACAGCAUGCUCAGAACCAACUUUUCGAGCAACAAUCGCUGUCUCAGUAUCAGAGGCCUUCUGCCCCACCACCAAACUCGUCCUAUGACUCGUCUGGUCACUACAGAGCAAAUCAGGGACAGAGACCUCUGGGACCUCCUCCCAAUGCUCCACAGUCUUUUGGUAAUAACAGCCACAUGACGUUCCAGUAUUCUAACUGUACGGGCCGCAAAAAGGCAUUGUUGAUCGGUAUCAACUACAUUGGCACCAAGAACCAAUUGCGAGGAUGCAUCAAUGAUGUUAAGGCCAUGAGUAAAUUCUUGCUGCAGAAGUACGGGUACUCCUACAACGACAUGGUAAUUUUGACCGACGAUCAGAACGAAAAUGCUCGUCUCCCCACCAGAGACAACAUUAUUCGUGCCAUGCAGUGGUUAGUCCAAGAUGCCAGACCUAAUGACUCGUACUUCUUCCAUAUGUCUGGCCAUGGAGGCUUGGUUCCAGACCAGGACGGCGAUGAGGAGGAAGGCUUCGAUUCGUGUAUUUAUCCACUCGACUUUGAACGCAGUGGCCCCAUCAUUGAUGAUCUCAUGCAUGAUGUCAUGGUCAAGCCAUUGCCCCCAGGAUGUAGAUUGACAGCGUUGUUUGACUGUUGCCAUUCUGGUACUGCGUUGGAUUUGCCAUUUGUGUAUUCGACCAAGGGAGUGGUGAAGGAGCCCAAUUUGUGGAAGGAUGCUGGAAGCGGUGCCUUGCAGGCGUUCCUCAACUACGAGUCCGGAAACCUUUCCGGUGCACUCUCGUCUCUCUCUGGACUCUACAAGAAGGUAUCAAACCGCAACACGAACAACAGAGAUGCCAUUGUCCAGUCAAAGAUGUCUGCUGCAGAUGUAAUUUCGAUCUCGGGAUGUAAGGACGACCAGACGUCUGCAGAUGCCGUUGAGGCAGGUCAGAACACGGGAGCCAUGAGUUGGGCGUUCAUCAAUGUGUUGGCUAGAAACUCCAAUCAGUCCUAUUUGUCGCUUUUGAAUGAGAUGCGUAAUGAGCUUCGGAUGAAGUAUUCGCAGAAACCACAGUUGAGUGCUUCACAUCCCCAGGAUAUGAACUUGAGUUUUACUAUUUAG